UCAAAAUGGCGGACCCAGAGAUGUCGGUAUUAUUCGUAUGUCUUGGAAAUAUCUGCCGUUCCCCUACCUCAGAGGCAAUACUAAGAUACUUAGUCAAACAGCAAGGCAAGGAAAGUCAAUGGAUCAUUGAUAGUGCUGGGAUCGGGGACUGGCAUGUUGGCAAACGAUCCGACCCUCGUGGACUAUCGAUUCUAAAACGCCACGGCAUCCCAAACGAGCACCUUGCAAGACAAGUUUGUCCUGAUGAUUUUAGGAAGUUUCAGCUGAUUUUGGCUUUUGAUGAAAGUAAUGUUGAAGACCUCGAUGAUUUCAGGCCGAAAGAUGCGACGGCAAAGGUUGAGUUAUUUGGUAAUUACGACCCAAAAGGAGAGGAAAUCAUCCAAGAUCCUUACUAUGGCAAUGAAGAAGACUUUGAAGUUAUGUAUAAACACUGCUAUCGAUGCUGUGAAGAAUUCCUCAAGAAACAACAGUAAAAUAUAUCUCUCUAUGACAAUGAAUUCAAGGAUUAAGGCUAUUUUUGGUAUUUAUUGCUGUUCAUUUACUUUAUGGAUGCGCGAAGAUAAUAAAAAGACUUGAAAUUUCAGUUUCAAUUUUGAAAACACUACCCACUCACUACCCUAAUUCAUAUGUAUGCGCGCUAAAAACCACACACAUUAAAGAAAAGAAAAUGAAAAACACACACAAACAUUCACAUACAAAGAGAAAAAAUAUAUUUAUUAAACAGGAUCUGAAAGAGAAUAAGUUGAAAGAAGGGUCAGUGGUUUUUACCUUUUUUUAAAGAAUGAAAAGAAGUCUAAUAGUAGAAGCAUAUCUAAAAAUUUUGUAGAUUUGGAGAAAUCAUUAAUAUACAAAAGAACAGCAAAGGGCCUAAGACUGAACCUUGCGGAACACCACAGGGAUAGGAAGGUAAUCAGAGCUAGUGUUACCAAUAGAUACAUAUUUGUGUCUGUUAAUACGAAAGGGUUUAAACCAGACUAGGGCGAUGCCCCUUAUUCCAUAGUUUGAUAGUUUAUUGAUCAGGAUUUCAUGAUUUACAGUAUCAAAGGCCUUACAAUUAAAAGUCUAGGAAUGUACCACGGCAAUGAAUCCCUGAAUCAAUGGCUCUUUGCAUUUUAUCAGUAAUUAAGAGAAUUAAAUUAUAAGUGUUGUAAA